AUGGGCUGUGAAGUUUGUAUUUACGCAUUGUAUGAUUACAUGGCAUCUAUCUUCAUAAGACCUUGUCUUUUCACAAUAGAAUCUAUUAUCGAGCGUUAUUCCGGUGUAACUGACCAGAUUUUCUAUUGGUGCAAAUUUUCUUCCUUAUUCGUCCAAGUUUAUCUUUCGAACAGGUACCAUUACCUUGUAGAAAUCAUACUAUACUGUUUGCUACUGUUUGCAAUCAUCUACGUGAUCUGCGCAAGAGUUGGCCGAGGAAUUCACGUAACGAUCAUUGGCGCAUUGAUGGAAGACGCUCCGUUGAUUAUACAACCAUUAGUUCUUCUCUACCACCUGCAUAGAAGAUGGCCAAUGGCUCCUCUUGUUGUAUAA